UGUGAAGAUGAAACCCCAAGAGCUGACCUUCACUGUCAGUGGAGAGGGGCAUGUGCCUCAGGUGACAGUCGAGUGCCCGGGCCUUCGGAGUAAGAGAGGAACCCCUGUGCUGCGCUUCAGGAGGCUCCUGCUGGGGGAUUCACAGACACUCCCCCUGGUCCUUCGUAACAAUGGCAUCAUACCCACAAAGUUUACAGUUCAUAUCAUGGAUGACCAGGGAGUUUUCUUCCUGAAAAGCACGCAGUCCGCACUCCGUGCCUUCCACACUGCAGACAUGGAAAAGGACUCCACUGGAAAAGCCAAGAAGCCUUACCUGCUCCUGGAACACGGGCAAUCAGCAGAGUUUCAUGUGUUUUUCAAACCCACCCUGGCCCAACGUCUGAAAGGGAAGAUCCGUGUGCCAGUGUCAGGCAACAGUGAGAUCGACAUAGAGCUGGUGGGUGAAGGCCACAAUGAUGACUUCACCCUUGAUAACCUCCCUGGACUAGCAGAAGACAGCCAGGGGAGCAAUGCUGAGGGCAAUCUGGAGGACGACAUCAUUGAGGCUGUCAGAGCGAAUCACAUAAAGUUUGGGGAGUGUGCAGUCAGGGAGCUCUGCGACAAGACCUUCACAGUCACCAACCGCAGCAAGGAGGAGGUGAUGCAGUUUGAGUGUCUGCUGGCAGAUGCCCCGUUCCAGUUCUCCCCCAAGGUGAGCUGGGACAGCCCUGCCUUUCUCAGUUGCUCAGGCCCUUUCCUGGUGUUCCUGGGAGCUGGCAGGGAGUCACCACAUUCCAGUAAGAGCCCGUUCCAGUGCCAUGCAGGAGAUGCAAUCCCUGUCUUUGCUGGGGCAGGGCUGUCAGCCCAGCAGAAAAGGCUCCGCGUUCUGGGAGGUGGCACCUUCUGUUCAUAUUUUGCUCUGUCAAAUCUCACAUAAAUCCUCACUGAGGUGCUGAUUCCCAGCACAGCUGCUCGCCAUAUCAGUCCCUUUUGCUGUCAGUGCUGCCCUUGCCAGUGAUUCCAGUUUGGUCUUGACUCUCUGGUUCUCCCUAGGUGGGACACCUCCAGCCUGGC